AUGGUGGCGCAGACGCGCCGCGCUGCGGAUGACAUGGGCCCCCUCAGGAGGACCUGCAGGAAGCUCGCCAGGGACCUGGUGGUGAUGGAGCCCGCGAGGCCCGCGGGGCCAGAGCGCGCGGCCCCAGAGGCCACGCCCGUCCAGGCGAAGGGCCUGCUCCAGCACAUCCAGGAGAGCACCGCCGACGCCGCGCGCGAGCGGGCGCAGCCGGCCAAGAUCCUGUGCGACGGCGCGCCCGGGGGGGCGGUCGGCACUCGCGGAGGGGGGCCCCGCGGUCCGAUCGCCGAGUAG